UCUCUCACAAAGAGAGAACGGAGGCCCCAGCCAUCAUGCAUGGUCACCCGGUGGCACUGUCUUUGUGGGUCUUCAUGAGAUGACGAGUGAGGAUGCUCUGGGUCAUUAAAUGAAGCCCAUGUGUCUCUGCUCUUAGGUGGCCUGUGAUCCCACAAGAUGCCAAGUGAAGAGGCUCACUACGUCUAUGGGUACCCAAAGAGAGGGCGCGGCCACUCCUAUAUCACAGCUCAAGGGUUCGCAGGGAUUGGCAUCCUAACAGUGAUCCUGGGAAUUUUGCUGCUCCUCGGCUGCUGGUAUUGUAGAAGACGAAGUGGAUACAGGAGCCUGAAGGACAAAAGCUUUUACGUUGGUACUCAAAGCACCUUAACAGGAAGGUGUCCUUGCGAGGGACUUGCUCCUCAGAACAGCAAACUGCCUUUUCAGGGGAACAAUGAUGAACCUACGGUUCCCAAUGCUCCACCUGCCUAUGAGAAACUCGCCAUACAGCAGUCACCACCACCUUAUUCUCCGUGA